UGUUGAUUGGCGCACUUUUCGAAAGGCUGAAUAUCAUAGGCAUGUGUAUUGUGGUUUGAUUUGACUGUCAUUGUGGAUAAAGAAUUAUUCACCAUGGAUUCUGAUGUUGAAAACACGGAAAGGCAGUUUGGUGGCAUCACUAUCAGUGACAAGAGACCAUUCAAAGAAGUCCAGAAUCUGCAGCAUGAAUCCCCCAUGUCCAGUAAACCACAGAGGAAAGACAGUCACACCUCUGGUUCCGAUGCUGACCACCAGGUGGACGAGCAGGUCAUGUUCAAUAAGCUGGUCACCAGGGCCAAGAAGCUGGCUUCACACGGACAGGUCGAUAGAGCCCUGGAAUUCAACAAACGGGCCCUGAAGAUCCACUACACAGAAAAAUUAGCCAAACGGAUCAAGAAAAUGGAGGCGUACCUAGCCCAGUAUGGUGGGGGAAGCUCGGAGGAGGAGGAGGAUGGCACUAUGGAACAUCUUGGUCAAGGCUUCUACCUGUACAGGGAGUUCUAUGAGAAGCUCUACAUGCAUCAGAAAGAAGGCCUGCUGUGGUUCUGGGACCUCUACAGGAAGAAGAAGGGUGGCAUUCUGGGAGAUGACAUGGGAUUAGGGAAGACGAUCCAGGUGAUUGGGUUCCUGUCUGGGAUGUUUGACAUGGAUAAGAUCAAGUCGGUGCUGAUCGUGAUGCCAGUGUCCGUAGUCGGCAACUGGGAGAAGGAGUUCAGUAAAUGGGCUCCAGGUAUCCGUGUGACUCUGUAUCACGGCACCAGCAAGCGGGAGAAGGAGCGAGCUCUGGCCAAGGUGCAGCGGCGUAGCGGUGUCUGCCUCACAUCCUACGGUCUCGUCGUCACCAGCUCGGAACAGCUCUCUCAGAGAGAUAAAUCAGAAUUUGUCUGGGACUAUGUGAUUCUGGACGAGGGUCACAAGAUCAAGAAUCCCACAAAGACAACGAAAGGAGUUCAUGCUAUCCCAGCCAGGAACAGAAUCAUCCUGACUGGCACGCCGGUCCAGAACAACCUCCGGGAGCUGUGGGCAUUGUUUGACUUUGUGCACCAAGGACAGCUGCUGGGAACAUCCAGGACAUUCAAAAUGGAGUAUGAGAACCCCAUUAUACGGUCUCGAGAGCGUGAUGCCACAGCUGGUGAGAGACGACUUGGGCAGGAGAUGGCGGAGAGUUUGAAGAAGAUCAUAGAGCCGUACUUCCUUCGGAGAACCAAGGCUGAAGUGACAGACAAGAAGAACCAAGGAGAACAGAAAGCUGAAGAUGGAAAGAAAGAGCUCACUAAAAUGCCAUCACUUGGGAGGAAGAAUGAUUUGGUGGUGUGGGUUUUCCUUACACAAACUCAGUUGAAGAUUUAUGAAGAUUUCCUGGCUUUGGACAGUGUUAAAGAGCUGCUUAUGACCAGUAAGUCUCCUCUGGUGGCGCUGACCGUCCUGAAGAAGAUCUGUGACCACCCAAGACUGCUGUCCACCAAGGCUUGUGCACAACUAGGCCUUGAUGGCGAGGAUGGCCUGAACGACACAGAUUACUCUCCAUCCGGCAUGGAGUGUGCUGCCAACAAGAUCAACCACAUCGAUGAUGAGGUGCUGAUCGGGGAGUCAGGGAAGCUGCUUGUGCUGGUGGACCUGCUGGACAACCUCAAGUCCGAGGGGCAUCGCUGUCUGGUCUUCUCUCAGUCACGCAAGCUGCUGGACAUCAUACAGAAAGUGGUGACCAACAGGGGACACAAGGUCAUGCGUCUGGAUGGCACCAUAACCCAGCUGUGUGACCGAGACCAGCGUAUACAGAAGUUCCAGACAGACAGCUCCUUCUCAGUCUUCCUUCUCACAACACAGGUUGGCGGCAUGGGACUGACGCUGACUUCAGCAGACAGGGUGGUUAUUUACGACCCCAGCUGGAACCCUGCCACAGAUGCCCAGGCUGUGGACCGAGUGUUCCGUAUCGGCCAGAAUAAGAACGUCGUCAUCUACAGGAUGAUCACUUGUGGGUCGGUGGAGGAGAAGAUCUACCGCAGACAGAUCUUCAAGGACUCCAUCACCAGACAGACUACAGGGAACUCCAAAAACCCUUACAGGUACUUCACUAAGGGGGAACUACGUGAAUUGUUCACACUGGACGAUGCCCGCUUCUCCAAGACACAGAGACAGCUGCAGGACAUGCAUGGAGUUGACCGGCGGUCAGAUCCCAGACUGGACACUCAUAUCGCCUAUCUACAUUCACUGGAGAUAUUUGGCGUCAGUGAUCAUGACCUUAUGUUCAGUCAGGAACAUGCUAACGAUGUGGACAGCGAUGCAGAACACGACACCAAGGCGGCUCACUCUAAUGACUACAUCCAGCAUCGGGUGCAGAAAGCCCAGGAGCUGCUGCAGAUGGAGUCUAGUCUGUCGUCAACGCUGCAGGAGAGAAUGGGGAAAUACCCCCGCAACUGUGAUGUCAACAACAGAGCUCAGCUGCGCAAAUCCCCUACAGGUUUCUUCCAACCCAAGCAAUAUGAACAGAAACCAAACAGGCCAAAAGGCAGCUCUGACUAUGACAGUGAUGUUCCUCUCCCCGCCACUGUGGACCUCACUGUCAUGGAUGAUGAUGAUGAUGAUGAUGAUGAUGAUGAUGAACCAGUAGAAGUUCAGGAUUCACCAGUGAAGGUCAAAGAGGAGAGGGCACCUGUUUUGCAGAAUCAGAAUGGAUUAGAUAGUUCUUUGAUUGAAAUUCUUGAUUCUCCUGUGAAGGUUAAAUCAGAAUAUUUACCACCAGAUGUCAAGGUUGAAAGAUCAGCUGUAAAGACAGAGGUCAAGGUUGAAGGGUUAGCUGUAAAGACAGAGGUCAAGGUUGAAGGGUCAGGUUUGAAGACAGAGGUCAAGGUUGAACAUACAUCAAUCCAUGAUGAGAAUAAGUCCCAGUCCGAUGAAGGAUCUGAUAAGUACGAAGCUGAUGUGUCGAUGACAGAGAAUGAUGUGCCAUCACCUAACAAGGAUGUCAUUAGAAAAAAUACCUCACCAGCCAGCGAUAACACAGAGUAUAAAAGCUGUGAGGAAGAAAUUAGCUCUGAAGCAGAUACGGUAAUGAACAACCACCUCGACGCCCAUCAAUCAAAUGCCAAAGACACACUGUCCAAUGAAAUUGAUGAUGUCAUUGACAGAAUUGACCAAAACAUGAGCAUCACUAUACAGCCUGAUUCUGAUGCUGGUGCAGAUGACAAGACAUCAGGAUUGGAUUGUUCACAGAUGAAUGCCACUUGUGAAAGACUUGAAGAUUAUUUAUCCUCAUCUGACAAGGAAACAGAACUGAUAGAUGACAUUGAUGAAGGAUUGACAACCAACAAGCCAGAGGUUCCAGAACUACUAACUGUGAAAGAGGAAUUGACAUCGCCAAAAGAAUUCAAAUACAAAAAGUUGACACCUUUUAAGAAACGUCCUCUGGUUGUAGAGGAGCAGAUCUUGAUCUCUCCCGAACCUGCUAGUCCUUUGAUGGAGCUGAAGGCCAAGAGACAACGGAAUUAUUCUAAAUCUGCAUCUCCUGCUCAGUUUCUGAGCCGCACUUUAAUGAGCUGUGCAUCUGACAGUCCCGAGAGUCAAUCAUCAACCUCUUCUGUCCACAGCGAUAGGCUUGAGGAGACCUAUGUGGAUGAUUCCCCUCCUUGUCGGAAGAAGCUGCAGGAGAGUCUAGAAGGUGCUGGUCUGCCAGGUAUUAAGGCUUUGGACUCACUGAAAAACAUCCAUGUUGUGGAAUCGGUCGAGAACACUCCAGUUGUUGAGGAGGGGGAUUCCAGGGUUGAGAGCAGCAUCUGUGAUGAUGACAUUGUGAGAGAUAGUGACGAGGAAACCCCAGUGAAGAAGAACCGGCGGAGGAGUGUGUGCAAAAGGAAUAUUGUAAUUGAGAGUUCGGAUGAAGAGGGUGAGGAACAAAGAUCAUCAAGUGAUGAGCUGGCUGAGAAUAGUGAGAUGAGAUUGCCCGAUUUGGACAGUGAGGGUGAUGAGCUGCCAGACCUUGGGGCAGAGGACUCUCGAGGACCUGCUGCAGCUCGGGGUGAGGUGAGAGGAACAAGGAGAGGGAAGGAAUCUGUUCUGUCAUCAGAGAACGGUUUGUCAGAGGCAGAGGAAAGUGAUGUGGAGAAGUCCUUGAUAUCUGAGGAAGAAGAAGCAGAGGCUGGUCCUGCUGAUGACUGUGAUGCGGAAGGUUCGGAGGAAGAGGAGGAGGAAGAAGAUGAAGCAGAUAGCGAUGAUGAUGACUUCAUAGAUGAUGAUGAUGAUGAUGACUUGGAGGAAACUGGAGAUGAGGAAGAAGGUUCCGACACCAGUGAUGAGGAGGAAGAUGAUGAUGACCUGGAUGCCCUGUCCCCAAGGUUGAGGUCACAGUUUAACAAGUUUGUACAGCGAGGCAGGACUUUGUAUCUCGAGGGUCAGCAUGGAGAAGCUCUGGCCAACAUCCUCCAGGCGUUGGAGAUCCACUCCGACUCAGCUCUCCAGGCCAUGGCGCUCAAGAUGCAUCAGGAUUUGGCCUCUUGAGACGGGCUGUGUUUCAGUGUGCUGAGGAACACUAUACCUCAAUAUGAGUGUGUGUGUAGAGUUACACUGACAUUCCCGGAUCAUUGGACAGGCUGUUUGUGUGCAGGGAUAGAUGGUCCAGAGUGCUCUGAUAGGUGCUAAUUGCAGAGGGUAACACUACUUCAUUUCGCAGAAUGGUUUUAGCACUACAUAAAUCAUUGUUGACUGAAGUAUUAGAGUCCUCUGAUACUUAUAUACAUGGUGCAGAGCGAAACACUACCACAUAACACUGAGGCGUUAGCACAACAGCUAUCAUACAGUUCGUAAAUCAUUGUUUAUUUAAAUACUAAAGUCCUCUGAUAAUUGGAUACACAGUGGUCUUAGCGACAUGUCUAUCUGAAAUCAUUAUUAAUUCAAAUAUUAGAGUCCUCUGAUAGUUGGGUAUUUAGUGCUGAGGGUAACACUACUUCAUUCACAGAUUGGUUUCAACACUACAGCUAUCGUAAAUCACUGUUAAUUGAAGUAAUAGAGUCCUCUGAUAAUUGGAUACUUAGUGCUGAGGGAAACACUAUCUUUUUUCAGACAGAGGUCUUAGCCCUGCAGCUAUUGUAAAUCAUUGUUAACGGAAGUAUUAGAGUCCUCUGAUAGUUGGGUACUUAGUGCUGAGGGAAACACUAUCUUUUUUCAGACAGAGGUCUUAGCCCUGCAUCUAUUGUAAAUCAUUGUUAACGGAAGUAUUAGAGUCCUCUGAUAGUUGGGUACUUAGUGCUGAGGGAAACAGUACCGCAUACCGCACAGAGGUCUUAGCUCUAUACCUAUCGUAUACCAUUGUUAUGAUCCAUGCUGCAGUGUGAUGAAUUUCAGGAAAAGCCUGCAUUCACCUAAGUCUGUGUUAAAGUAUGAGAGUUGCUUGUUGUAUCACCAAGAGUGCUUUCUAGAACACACCUUAUUUCUCAGUCUUUGCACUAGGGCCUUCAUAAAUCAUAAACUAAACUGUUGGUGUAAUGAUCGACACACUAAUCGCUUUCUGAAACACCUUGAACUGACCAAAGCGUGAGAUUAACAUGGUUGCACCAAGAUGUCUUUCUGGAGAGGACCCAUGUUAAUACCCUGAGUCUGUUGAUCCUGUCAGAGUUGGGCUGCUCAUCAAAAUUCAAGAGUUUCUUGGACACUGCCAAGGACACAACGUCCAAGCUGAAUGUUUCACCUAGUGUCAAAGGAAUUACAUCUGAGGGCAUAGCUUGUGAAGAACCUUCAACAAAUAGUGCUUAUGUGACCAUAAAAUGAGUGUGUUAUUUGCUUCUGAAGAACCCUCAGCAAACAGUGCUUAUGUUACCAUAAAUGAGUCUGUGAUUUUUCUUGUACCCUAUUUGUUUGAUAAUGUUUAUAUAAGGUAUGUGUCUUGUGUGACUUGUGAACUUAUGUGUCUCAUGAAGUUAACUGUGAAAAAGAUCUCUGUAUUAUAAAGUCAAAGGCUGGAUUCUCUGCAGCCAGUCAAAGGCUCAUGGUAAUUGGUGGUUUCCUUUGAAGAAAGAAGUCUACAAAUUCUUCUUUUGUGUACAUAUAAUUAUAUGUAGUUUGUAGGCUGAUUUGGGUGUUUCAACUGAUGAAAUCAAAUUCUGAUCAUUAUGAUUCUUAUCUCCUUCCAUAAUACAAAUCAUCUUUCAAAGAGCAUUCAAUUCAAAUGUGACAAUAAAAGCUGUACCUUCAUAAUUGUU